AUGAAUACACUUUACAGGGUGCUUAUGCCGCUGGAGCGUGAAACGCAAUGUGAAGUUCUUAGGCAGAAAAUCAUCGAAUACGAGACACAGAACUUCAUGGAUAUCAGCCGAAGCGAUGAGUUUUUGAAUUUUGAUGUAGAAAAAUUGCAACGUAUUCUGGUAUCUGACAAUUUGAAUAUAACCCGUGAGGAAGAUGCCUUCGAUGCCAUACAACGCUGGUACAAUUACGAUGUUCCUGCGCGCCAAGAGCAACUGCCACUUUUAAUAGCUUGUCUGCGGCUUACCCAAUUCAAUGUAAACUUCCUGAUGACCCGCAUACAGCCGUUACCUGGAUGUGAGCUACUGGCCUUCAAGGCGUUAUCGUGGAUCAGAGAGCCCACAGCACGGCCAAUGAUAAAUAUGCGAUUUACAGAACCACGUGGGGUCAGUGCUACAAAUUGUCAUAAGAAAACAAUCCUGGCGCUUUUCUCGGAGCUGAGUCCCAAGCUGCUGCAAUAUAACAAAACUGAGGAUAAGUGGCAGGAAUAUGCGAGCAUAAAAAUCGAUUACGAAGGGUAUAGAACUAUUUUAAAGAAUGAUAAUUUAUUAUUUAUUGGCGGUUAUAAUGGUGCCAUACUUAACGUCGUCCGCGGCUGGAAUAUACGAAAUAAGACAUUGCAAAAUUUACCCGCCAUGAUCGAAGCAAGAAGGGAAACCUGCGUUGUCGAAUUAAAUGGUAAAAUCUACGCGAUUGGUGGUAGAGAUGGUAAAAAUGUUCUGUCGUCGGUGGAAAGGUGAAUACAUAUAAAUCUGUAACAAAU